CUUCCCCUCGCCAAACCAAAAACCAACCAUGAAGUUCUAUACCAUCCUAGCUUACCUUUCUCUCCUCUGCAUCGCCAGAGCCUCCGCUCAGCAAUGCGGAGAGGCGGUGAACGGAACCCUCUGCGCCAACGGGCUGUGCUGCAGCCAAUGGGGUUACUGCGGCACAACCUCCACCUACUGCUGUGAGGGCUGCCAGAGCCAAUGCGCCUGCCAAAUCCCUCCGCCACCUCCCUACGUUCCGCCGCCUCCGCCGCCGCCACCUAGCCCCCCGCCGCCGCCCCGCGCUCCAACCCCCAGCAGCCAGGCCCUUGAGUCCAUCAUUAGCGAAGAUCUCUUCAACGAACUUUUGCUGCACCGUGCUACGUCACCGUGCCUAGGGGCGUUCUACACCUACGAUGCUUUUAUCCAAGCCGCCGGCAGGUUUGAAGAUUUUGCAAACGCCGGUGACGAAGAGACUAGGAAACGGGAGGUUGCGGCGUUUCUGGCCCAAACCUCGCAUGAAACCACAGGAGGAUGGGACUCUGCACCAGAUGGUCGAUAUUCAUGGGGUUAUUGUUGGAUUCGUGAAGGAGCCACCAUCCCUGCUGACCAACUCGGUGAUUAUUGUGUUGCUAAUGACCAAUACCCAUGUGCACCUGGCAAGAAGUAUUAUGGCCGAGGUCCCAUUCAACUUUCCUACAACUUCAACUACGGCCCAGCAGGGAAUGACUUAGGUUAUGAUCUACUAAAUAACCCAGACUUGGUGGAGAAUGAUCCAUACAUAUCUUUUGAGGCAGCUUACUGGUUUUGGAUGACUCCACAACCACCAAAGCCCUCAUGUCAUGACGUCAUGAUUGGUAACUACACACCGUCAGCUGCAGACAUUGCAGCUGGUCGGUACGGAGGUUUUGGGCUUUGCACCAACAUCAUCAACGGUGGCAUAGAAUGUGGUGGUGGCUACUCAAGCGAGCAGGAACAAGACCGCAUUGGUUACUACAAAAGAUAUUGUGAAAUAUUAGGUGUGGACACCGGCGACAACCUUAGUUGUGCAGACCAGCAUCCUUUUGGUUUGACCCUCAAGAAAAAGGGGACCAAAAGAGGUGGUUUCUAUUCAGAUCAGUAACUUCGAAGCUACCUGUAGAUCAAGCGAGCUACAAAUCAAUUUGAAGUUACAUGUGGUUUAAGCUAGCUACAUAUUGUACUAAGAGUUUAUGGCAACGCGAUGCAUGUGCAAUAUAGUUAAAUCUGUGGCAAUAAGCAGUUGCUAAAUAUGUAGCCUAUUAUGACUAAUAAAUAAAAUGUGGUGUUAAUUAGUUAAUUA